AUGUUUGAUGCGUUAUGGAAGCCCAAGUUCUAUACAAAGUGCAAAUCACGCUUGAAGUUAAUAAAGACUAGACUAGAGAUGAUACGGAAGAAAAGGAAUGCCGUGCAGAAAUUUCUCAAGCAAGAUAUCGUCGACCUUCUUUGUAAUGAUCUUCAUUACAAUGCCUACGGAAGGGCAGAAGGUCUUCUCGUCGAGCAAAACAUGUCUUCAUGUUAUGAAUUUAUUGCAAAAUUUACUAAUUGUGUAUUGGGUUACAUUGGAGACCUUUGUAAACAAAGGGAUAUUCCUGAUGAAUGCAAGCAAGCUAUUCAGUCACUGAUAUAUGCUGCAGCAAGAUUUUCUGACCUGCCGGAACUCCGUGAACUCAGAAAGUUGUUUACCGAAAAAUUUGGGAAGAAUAAUCUUGAACCUUACAUAAGUAGAGAGUUUGUUGAGAAAUUGAGGAAAAUUCCACCUUCAAAACAAAUGAAGAUUCAGCUGUUACAUAAUUUAGCAGAAGAAUUCUCUAUAGCUUGGGACAGCAAGGUUUUAGAAGAAACACUUAGCAUACCGUCCCAAUUAUACGAGGAGAAAGUCAAACUUGAUCUACCAAAUGAUCAUGAUGGUGUGAAAUGGCACAUGAAUAAUGAUGUUGCUGUCCCCAAAAUAGAAAUGUUUGCUGGAGGCAAACACAGAGAUGGAACAAGCUGCCAUACAUAUAACAGAAAUGAAAGCACCAUUGAUAUCAGUGAUGCCUAUUGGAGGCUACAAAGCAGCACUGACGAUGAAACAACUACAGACAGCUCAUCCCUUGAUGGCGAUAAGGUUGAUUCAAGUUCAUCAGGAAAUGUGUCAGAGGAUGAUGCAGAAAAUAUAUUGGAGAUUCAAACCAAACUUGAAGAAAAGGGAUAUUCAAAGGAUGAUGAAGAGAAGAUAAUGGAUGUUCUCUUAAUGUAUUACAGUAAGAAACAAUCUCCUCAUGAAUCAAGCAUUGGAAAAGAUAAAAGCUCGAUAGAAACAUUAAGAGUUCAUGGACGAGCUACUUCUUUGGUACCGGAAAUGUUGAGGACAGCGAGACAUGUGCAUCCUAAUCUGCCAGAUUAUGAUGACUUGUGGGCUCGUUUUGCAGCUCUUAGGAAGACAUCCCAACUAGCAGUUUAA